UGGUGUCACUCAGAAAUCUGUCCCCCUUGUGUGUCGCCGGUUGAACUCCGUCAACAUGGCCAGCGCGAUGUGCGCCAGAUUCCUCCUCCAGAGAUCAACACAGGGCUUUCUCUUCUCCCCCAGGGCAGCACCCGCUUUAUCAAGCCCAUUUCUGUCUCGUGCACAUAGACUGGGACCCAGCGAUGAUGAAAUGUACCAACGUACUACAGUGUCUGUCAUGCAGAAGGAGCCGGGCAGCGGGGCCAUGAUCCACAGCUACAGCUCCAGAGGAUUCAACAUCGACGGCAACAAGGUGUUUGGGCCGUGUGCUGUGCUGCCUCCUGCUAUCCUCCAGUGGAAUGUCGGCAGUCAUAAAGACAUCACAGAGGAAAGUGUCUCACUUUUCCACAUGCUUGAACCAAGAAUAGAGAUUCUUGUGCUGGGUACAGGAUCACGUGUUGAACGAAUUGACCCCUCAGUCCUCGCUCUACUCAGGCGUAAAGGCAUCGCUGUGGAGGUGCAAGACACGCCAAAUGCAUGUGCAACCUUCAACUUCCUGUCCAAUGAGCGCAGAGUGGUUGCCGCUGGUCUGAUCCCUCCACCUGUCAGCACAGCGCUGGAAGUGAAACAGGAAUAAGUGUUACGAUGUCGUCAGAAAGUAGGACUGAUUUCUGAGUGAUCACAGGCCUGUGGGUUGGUCAUUUACCUUCUGCACAAAAAAAUGUCCAAAGGAAACAAACUCAGUGACAUCCUGCUCUGAAGAAUCACUGUAUUUGGCCACAGCUGUUAUUUUUGGGAGAUGAAGGUGUUAAAAGAAGCCGCUGUCACCCAGUGGUCUGUUGAUGUUCCUUGGAUGUGGAGUUUUCUGUCACAUCUAUUGCACUGAAAUCCAGGUGUAGGAGUGAGUGUGACUGUGCUUGAGUGUACAUAGUGCGUACAAGUGCUCAGAUGUCGUCUCUAUGAUUGAAAUAUACUGUAUAUUUAAAAGCUUUAUAUGCAUCAAACAAUAACUCAAGUGUCAUUUAAUGUGUUUUCAUGCAUAACAUACAUGUACAAUAAAACCUAAAUGGAAUUUUUGUCAUCAAAUACA